AAUGAAAUACAAGCAUAAGAAACACAACAACUGUGAUAAAAAUAUAUAAAUAAAAUUUGAAAUUAACAAAAUAUGUAAAAGUUCACGUCACACCUUUCACCAUGUGACGGCACAUCAGUGUACCGCGGCACACCGGUUGCGGAACACUGGCUUAGAGCAUGUCUACAAAAGAAAUGUCUUAAUAGAGCAAAAUUAGAAAAAAAUUCCCCAUGUAUAAAGGAUGGACUUUUACCUAUGUGGAUUUUCCCGGAGAAUAUUAUUUCAUUGUUUUCUUUCGUAUAAUAUAAAAUGAUAUAAAAAAAUAGAAUUUUAAAUAAUUUCUUUUUGGCAGAAUGUCCGAUUCCGAAUUUGAAUACUCUAAUUUAUCAGAAAGUGAAUCUAAUUUAUCAGACAAUGAAUCUGAGGAGAGUGUCACAAGUACUAGCUAUUUAGAUGUUUUUUUAGAUGCCAAUUUUAACGGAAACAUCGAUUCUUCAAAAAAAUGGUGCGAGAUAAACACAGAAAAUCCUCCUGCUGCUCCUCCGCGGUUUCCUUUUCUGGCAACUCCUGGGUGUUCCUUUACUCUAGAUGAAAUGUUCGAUCCGUUAGAAUAUUUCAGAUUAUUUUUUGAUAUUAAUUUAAUUAACAUUAUUGUUAAAGAAACUAAUCGUUACGCGAUGCAACAGCCAAAAUCAUCCAUAAGGCAGUGGGAUCCAGUUACAACAGAAGACAUUUAUGUAUUUCUCACAAUUUGUAUAAUUCAGGGAAUUAUCCAUAAACCGCAUGAGAAAAUGUACUGGACCAGGAAUGAAAUAUUUCUCACGCCAAUUUUUUGUAAAUUGAUGGCAAAAAACAGAUUUUUUGAAAUAAAGAAAAAUUUACAUUUUAGCAAUAAUGACAAUUAUGAUCCGACAACCCAUCCCUAUCCGAAAAUAAAUAAAAUUUGGCCAAUAGUAACAAAUUUAAAUAAAAAAUUUUNACAUCUUUAUGUACCAGAAAGAGAUAUAUCAGUGGACGAGAGUCUCAUGCUUUACAAGGGUCGUCUUUCGUGGAAACAGUACAUUCCUCUGAAACGGUCUCGUUUCGGUGUGAAAUUCUUUAUGCUAUGUGAAUCUGCAUCCGGCUACUUGUACAAUUUUAUAAUUUACACCGGAAGCGGAUCUUGUUUAAAUGAAAAAUACCAAGAAAUGCCACUAGCAUCCCAAAUCGUGUUAUCGUUAGCGGACCCGUUGUUAGGCAAAGGCUACUGUCUAACAACGGAUAAUUAUUAUACUUCCCCACAGUUAGCGGAUUAUCUCAUAUCGUGCCAGACAGAUUUGUGCGGAACAGUACGUACCAACAGAAGAGAUGUUCCAGAUAUAAUUCACAACAAAAAAUUGGAAAAGGGAGAGAUAGUGGCAAUGCAGAGAAAUAAAGUAAUGAUUUUAAAAUGGCAGGAUAAGAGAGCUGUUACUUUACUCUCUACAUUCCACAAUCCUGUAAAAGUAAACAAAGAAAUGCGUGACGGUAGUGUACAAUCGAAGCCACAGGUUGUGUUCGAUUACAACCACACAAUGGGAGGUGUAGACCGUUUAGACCAACAUCUGCAUGAUUAUUCGGUUAUGAGAAAAAGGGGGAAGAAAUGGUAUAGAAAAAUAUUUUUUCAUUUGAUAGAUAUUUGUUUGUAUAAUGCAUUUGUGUUGUAUAAGAAAAAUGGUGGCGAAAAGGAUAAUUUAGGUUUUAGAAUGAAGCUUGUUGAACGGCUAAUAGAGGAGUAUCACACCGAAACGAGGGUAAAGAAACAAGGUCAGUCAAGAGAAUCAAGUUUGCUUAGUAGACUUACAGAAAGACAUUACCCGGACUUUAUUCCGCCAACCGGGAAAAAAACUUCUCCUACCAGACGCUGUGCUGUAUGUUGCAAAAGACGUAAUGAGGAAAGGAAGAAAGUGAGGAAGGAAGUGAGGAAAGAAACCAGGUAUUACUGCAAAGAUUGUGGAGUUGCAUUGUGUAUAGUACCAUGUUUCGAAAUAUACCAUACUAUAGAAAAUUAUUAACUUCAAUUUCAUUUAUUACAUUUUGUAUUUAUAUCAUGUAUACUCUUACAACAUUAUAUUUUAUUUUUUAUAUUAUGUAAUUAUAUGUGCAAGUUUAUAACAUUAUAUUUUAUUUCCAUUUAUUUAACUUGUAAUCAUGUGAAAUCUAUUUUUAUAAUAUUAAAUUUAUUUUCAUUUUUCUGUUUUGUCACGUUUAAUAUGUUUAAUCCUGUUUCCAGUGGAUCCAGAGUUUGACUUGGACGUAGUUUAUUUACACCCUGUUGGACGUUGUUUAUAACCUCAACAAAUUUCGUAAUUGUAUACCGAAUAGAAGUUUUUUCUGUACCUUUCUCUGAUUUCACCUAUACCAGUGUUUCUCAACGGGGGCGAUAUCGUCCCCAUGUGGGCGUUUUUCCAUGUUGAGGGGGCGAUUAGUAACAAUUUAUAUUUUGGGGGGCAAAAAACAAUUUUCUGAGCGAUAUAGU